AUGGAGAAGCAAACUGAAUCUGUAAUUUUCCUAGUUCAACGAUCAGAACCACCAAAAUUACUAGAGUUCCUCCAAUGCUCAGACGUAGUCCAAGUUUUUAAAACUGGAAAUCAAGCUUUAAUAGAUCGGUUAACAUCGCCUGAUGGUAUUAAUGAAUUAAUAGAUAUUCUUCACAACACAUCAGACUCACAAAUUAUGAGAAGGAUUUUACAGAUUUUUACAAUGAUAGAUUCACCUUUACUUCAAAAGCUUGCGGAAUCAAUAGAAUAUACGGAACAUCUUUUACAAAUUCUCGAUAGAAAUGCAAAUGUUUAUUCAUAUGUCAUAGGUUCUGUUACACAAAUUUUAUUAAAUUCAAUGGAAGUAUAUCCACACGAAAUAUACGAAGAUUUAAAUGCCUCUAGGACAAGUUACCAACGAAUCAUCAAGAAUAUUGAAAUCAAUUCUAUUUAUUAUUUUUGUACUCGUUUUAUUUCGCAUUCAAAGAAGUCUGAGACAUUCGCUUGGGUCCUUUUUUGCUCUCUUAUGGGUGAUCAUGGCCCUGGUUGUCCAAUACCUAAGAAAUUCGCAUACGAUCCAGCUGCAUCUAUUCCUCCUAUACCUUUGACAGCAUCUAUGAGAAAAAAAGUCAUCGAAUUAUUAUUUAUUUACUUCAACGAAUACUUUGAAGUCUGUGAUUUCUCAAAUGAUGCAUCAGAAGCGCUUCCUUUAGUAUUACAAGAUGCUUCUGAUGAUACAGAGCGUUCAUUGGUAUUUAAGCUUGGUUUGAUACUUAAAAUGAAUGAAGGAUUGGCUUAUUCAGCUCAAUCUAUUUUAAAUUGUCUGAAAUCUUCAGAUUCUUUGAUUCAAUACUCCCUUUACUAUAUUCAUGCUUUUGGCAUUAUUAUUCGUAAUUUGUCCGUUGAACUGAUCUUAUAUCGCUUACUUCAUCGUCCUGCAAACAAUUUCGUUUUAAUUGCGGCUGCAAAGAUGAUACAAAGCAUUAUAGAGAACAGCAAGGAUACGACUGAUUUACAGGAGAGAUUGGAAAUGAUUAUAGCCGAAGCUUUCCAAAAAUCAACCGUUUCUUCUGUAAUUUUACGUGCAUUUCGAAUGGCAUUGAUAAAUGCAGCAGACGGAAUCGAAGUUACUCCAGAAUCUCAAUAUGCCGUUGAACAACUUCGAAAAUUAGAGGCAAAUCCAAAAAUUGGAGAAAUUGAUGAAGAUUAUAUCAAUGAUUUAAAGAAUAGAGCGGAUACAAUUAACAAUUCAGACAAGUUUAAGCCAGUAUUUAAUGUUUCGAACCUUUGGAUUCCUCAGCAAAAGCAAAAAAUGCAAAUUAAAUUCAAAACAAUUGACAGAUUGUCAAAUCUCAAUAAAAUCCAAUCUUCCAACAUUGCCCUUACACCAGGAGAUGAAUCCAGGCCGAAGAUUACUAAUAUUGAAGGCGCAAGGUCACCUGUCAGAGUUAAAUCCACAUUUAAUGCCCCAAUACAGUCAAUUCCUCAGCCGCUAGAAGAAGAGGAAGAUGACUAUUACGACAGUGACUACUAUGAAGAGGAUCAGAACGAUUUACAUGAACAAAUGAAAAUGCGUGAAAUGAUUGAACGACAAAAGUCCUUCAAAAUGCAUGCCGCCGAGAAACAAGACAAUAAUAACACACAGCCGCCCCAACAGGACCAGCCAACCCCUAAAGUUCAGCAACAACAAGUUCAGCCACCCAAAAAAGUGCCACAGUCAAUUCUUGAUUUACCUGCAAUACCACCAGCUCCAAAACCAGCGAUAGAAAAGAAGACAAAAGGCAAAGGAAAAGCAAAAGCUAAGCCAAAGAAAGCGAAAGCGAAAGGAAAAGCGAAAAAACAAAAUCUUUCUUUUUCUUUCAAUCUUAAUGUUGUUUCUUCUCCACCAGCUCCUGUUCCUUUCUAUCCACCGCGUGCUAGACUCAAUCAUUGCCUCGAACUCAAUGUUUCAUCUGUCAAACUGAAGCCGAGAAAGAAGAAACCACGUUUAAACAACAGAAUUUUAGUUGUUGAUUUCCCACUUGAAGAAAGUAACAAACUUUCCAUUUCUGAACCGAAUUUCACAGACGUAGACCUUGAAGAUGCAAUGUUCUUUGGCACACAGAGAAAGAAACUCGCACAGGAAGAGAUAAGAAAGAUGUUGGCAGCUUCAAAUUCGGAUCCGGAAGAAGAUUUCGAUAUCGAACCUUUGCCAUCAGAAAUGGAAGAGGAGGAAGACGAGAAAGAAGAAAAACCUGUGAGAAACCCAUUCUCUGUGUUCGCUGCUGUAAGGAAAAUAGCUGAGGACGAAGAAGAAGAGGAGGAAGACAAAUAA